AUGCCCUUAAAGGGUGGUCGCUACGCCAAUGGUUUGAUUGAAUUGGUCUUCUUUGUAAACGGAACUGGGGCAAGUGUGGGAGUGGCCAUGGACGGCUUGAGUGGCUGUCUGCGAAGAGCCACGCCGCCCACGCUGGCACCCCGUUUUGACUACUCGAGGGCUGUUGAAGUGCCAGGAGCAGGUCCGAAAGCAGAGCCUUGUGGAAGAUUUUCUCUGGAAUCGGAGACGAAGCGCGUGCCAGGGUGA